GCAAACUUUUUCGCGAUAAAAAGUGCACGCACGGCAUGUCACGGCAGCUCACUGGUAGUAGUCCACACUCCCCAGCUGCGAGUGCAACAGACGCAGGCACGGGCACCAUGAACUCCUUGUUCUACAAGCUGCGGCGCAAGAGAGUCGAGGCCGACUACGCGAGCGCGGGGUUCACGAAACCCAUGGCGACGGCGCCGCCGCCCUGCUCCCCGAACAGGGCGUCCUACUACUUCCCGAGCAAAGACCGCGUCCUCCCGCCGCGCCUCGUCACGGACAACCCCAAGCUCCGGGACACCCACUUCCCGCGCAGCCCGCAGCACAGCGACAUCGUCUUCGACGUCGUCGCCCGCCGCGCCGACCGGAUGGAUAAGGUGAUGCCCGAGCUCAAGCUGCGUCCCAUCCUCACCAAGCCCGCGGCCAGGGCCAACGGGGCCGAGGCCUCUGACAGCAGCGCGGCCGCGUCGCCCACGGCCAGGGUGCGGCGGUUCCACGCGAGGGCGCCGAGCGGCAGGCGGAAGGUGGCCACGCUGCCGGCGGAUACCUGCAGGCGGAGGCGGAGGCGCGCCACGCAGCGGUGGCUGUACGAGAGCCUGGUCGUGGUGAAGGAGUCGACGGAGCCCGAGGAGGACUUCCUAGAGAGCAUGGCGGAGAUGAUCGCCGCGAACGACGUGCGGUCGCCGCGGGGCCUCGAGGAUCUGCUCGCGUGCUACCUCGCGCUCAACGCCGCCGAUCACCACCACGCCAUCGUCGCCGCGUUCCGGCGUGCGUGGUUGCACUGCGUGCCGCCGCCGCCGCCGAGGGAACGUUGCAUGCAUGAUUGAUUAGCUAGUUGGUCCUCCGACCGCCGCGUGCAAACGCAAGAUUGCGACGUGCCUGUACAGUGUGUGUGAUCCGGGGCGCGCGCGCUCGCGCGUCCAUGUGAAUUAUGGUGAGGUACGGAGGUUAUCACAGUUCUUGCACAGAUCACAAGACCAGUUGAUUCGCUGUUCGUGUGUGGCACUUCGCUCUUGUUUGCUUGUUGCUGUUGCUGCUGCCGCCGCCGCCGCAAAGCUGAAGGAUCGAUCGAUGCUGCAUGCUUGUGCCGUUGUGCGUCACGGGGGUAUCGUGCUUUAGUUUCAGUGUUUUUCUCACAAGGGUAUCAUCGAUCGUGUGCCGUCUUUACAGAUCAGGGUAGCCCAACUUGCUUCUGAAAAAAAAUGGAAGGACUCAUCUUUUCUU